AUGCGCAGAAUAUUCUACAGCGCUCUUGCAUUUGCGGUCGUAGCUCGCAGUAGCGUCGUCGCAUCGUUCCCGAAUCCCAAUGAGCCUCAGUUCUUGUCCGUGGCGUCCCCUGAAAAAAGAUUACUUCGGGUCGAAGGCCAAGAAGUUGUCCAAAGCGGCAAGCUGGACGGGAAAGGUGGAGUCUGGAAAACCAUAACCCAUACUACUAACAAGAUCGUCCCGAAGCCGGAUAUAGACGUUAGCAAAGUCCUCGAUCUGGCCAAGAAGGUGAUGGAAGCGGAGAGGUUGAAAAAAUUGAUUAAGCUUAAGAAAUCGUCAUCGUAA